AUGGCUAGGAUAGGCCAAAUAUUACUUAUAUUUGUGUUAAACUUGUUUUUCUGUGAAUGUGAUAACUUGAUUUUAGAUUUAUCACCCAGUGCUUCCAGCGAAGGCACACAACGUAUAAAUAUAAAGAUAUAUUACAUCGACGGGCUGGCGUGUCGAAAGUUUAAUCCUACGCUGAAAAACAGGAUCACGAAGGUGGUGGACGGGUCUCGCGAAAUCUGGAAAGGCGGGGCUGCGGAAUGCACUGGCGCCAUUCUCUACCCUGAAACUGGACAGGGGAAACUUCUUCAUUUAUUUUUGGAGAAGGGGAAAUCUGCUGAGCACAAGUAUUACUCCCGGGACGGUGACUUGUGGAAGGAGAUAAACCCUGUUACUUAUCGCACUCUGAUGGACGAGUUCACUCCCAAGGAAACUCAGGCCAGGGACCCUGCGAAGGCCACCGGGAAGAAGAAGGCAGGAUCCUACUCCGUUCCCAGCCUUCUUUGUACCAUAAUUAUUCCAGCUUUAGUUUUCACUCACGUUCACUGA